AGACAAGUUUCUAUGUGGGAAGUCAUAGUCUUGAGCUUCCAAAUUUAUAUGAAUUUAUUGUAAAAGACUGCCCAAAAAUGGUCACAUUUGUUGCAUCUACAUCCUCCAAAGAACACAACAAAGAGGAGUCCCAAUACCUCUUCAGCAGCAAGAAGAAUCAAUGGAUGAGGAAAGGAUGUGUAAGAUUUUCUUCCCUAACCUGCAAUUCCUACUGCUCCAAGACCUUCCAAAACUCACAAGAUUUUGUUCUGGAAAUUACUUGGAAUUACCAUGCCUUUGGAAACUUAAGAUAAGCAAGUGCCCUGUGUUGAAGACUUUCAUCUCUAGCUUCUUUUUUGGAGACAUGAUAGCUAGUUCUGAAAAUGUCAAAAACACUUGUACACUUUUUCUCUUUGAUGCAAAGGUAGCAUUCCCCAAAUUAAAGCGUUUGGUAAUUGAACAUGUGAAGAGCUUGAAUAAGAUAUGGAACAACCAGCUCGAAGUAGAUUCUUUUUGCCAACUAACUUUGAUGAGUGUGGUUUCAUGUGAAAAGUUAUUGAAUAUUUUCCCAUUUAGUAUGUUGGAAAGGCUUCAAAGACUAGACAAGCUCCAAAUAUGUAACUGUGAUUCACUUGAAGAGAUACUUGAGUCUCAUGAACCUGGCGUUAGCCAAUCACUAGCUCAAAAGGCCACUCCGCUACCUUUGUUGGAAACCGUCACAUGCUUGGAGGAUGAUGUGAAGGAAGAGAUUGGUUUUAGAAAACUCAAGUAUUUGCAACUUUGUGGUCUGCCAAGACUUUCAAGCUUUUGCUCGGUUAAAUGCAAGUUUGAGUUCCCAUUUUUGGAAGAGGUGAUUUUGAUGGAUUGUCCAAGUAUGCAGACUUUCUCUAUGGAUGAAAUAACAGCGCCAAAACUACAAAAUGUAAAAUUGACUAGAGAUGAAGAUGAAGGCUUUUGGGAUGGCAACCUAAACUCGACUGUACAACUAGCCAAGGUGAUUCUGAAAAUUGAGAUCAAAGAAAUUGUGGCUCAUGUCCUUUCCAAGUGAAAUUUGAUGGUGAGUUGGUCUUAUGCUUCCAUCAUCUCUACACUUAUUUGAUAAAGGUACAUCUCUUGUAAACAUGCAUGGAGGUUUAUUGAGGCUGCUUGCUUUGUUCUUUGCAGGUCUGAAUGGUGUACGCAUAAGUUGAAUGUGUAGUUGUCACAUUGCUUGAUGGCCAGAAUGUUACCUCACUAACUAAAAUUGAUCCCUUUUC